GAAAAGAAAUUGCGAUCUGUGUGCCUCAAAACAUAAACAAGCCUGUACAAUUAUCUAUCAAAAAAAAAAAUUAAACAAACCGACACACCGGUCCACAAUGCCUCCUGCCCAUCACUACAGCCACCCACAAUCACUCCCCCGCCAUUCCAUGCUUCCUCCAUCUUCGACCGCUGCCACUGGCCCUUCCUCUAUGUCCGCCGCCAAGACUCGGCAGUAUGCCAAUUUACAGGCUCAGUUAGAACAGCUGAAUGCCAACCUGGCUGACACGCAAAACCUUCUCCGUAUGACUUCUGUACAAGCGGAGGAUAUGCGCUUCUUGGGCGGCUAUGUCGGGGCGCUCUUCAUGGGGUCGGCCAAGGUGCUGGGAGAGGAGGGUGUCAAGAGCAAUGCGGAUAAGAAGGACUGAAUUGUGAUUAUUUGGUAACCUGAGAUCCAUUGGAUAGCCCUUGAAGAUAUCAUGUUUGCGGGAUACGAAGAGAUGUCAUUUGCAAUCGCCCACCUAGUUCUCAACGACGAAGCCUCCUCCGAGGAUGAUGGCCGGUUCCUCGA